GCAAGAUCAAAAGUGAGUCUUUCCUUAUUGCUGCAUAGUGUCAAUUGGCCAAUCUCUUCUCCCAGGGAAAAAAAAAGUAAAUCAAACGUUGGGGAAGCAUUUGGUGGGAGAAGUGCUUUUUGCCUCGUGAGGGUCCCAGGAUGUCUAGUUUAUGUUAAGAGGAGCCCUUUAGAACCCGAGACUGAAGGGUUUUUAUAUUGGUGCUAGAGCUAUGCAGCUGGAGCAUUGUCUUUCUCCCUCUAUCAUGCUCUCCAAGAAAUUUCUCAAUGUGAGCAGCAGUUACCCACAUGCAGGCGGAUCUGAGCUUGCCUUGCAUGAUCAUCCCAUUAUCUCGACCACUGACAACCUGGAGAGAAGUUCACCUCUGAAAAAAAUUACCAGGGGGAUGACGAAUCAGUCAGAUACAGACAAUUUUCCUGACUCCAAGGACACACCAGGGGACGUCCAGAGAAAUAAACUCUCUCCCGUCUUGGACGGGGUCUCGGAGCUUCGUCACAGUUUCGAUGGAUCUGCUGCAGAUCGCUAUCUGCUCUCUCAGUCCAGCCAACCCCAGUCCGCUGCCGCUGCUCCUAGUACCAUGUUCCCUUACCCCAGCCAGCAUGGACCCGCUCACCCAGCCUUUUCCAUCGCCAGUCCAAGCCGCUACAUGGCUCACCAUCCUGUGAUCACCAAUGGAGCUUACAACAGCCUCCUGUCCAACUCUUCUCCACAAGGUUACCCAACGGCAGGCUACCCUUAUCCCCAGCAGUAUGGCCAUUCCUACCAAGGGGCGCCUUUCUACCAGUUCUCCUCCACCCAGCCGGGGCUGGUGCCCGGCAAAGCUCAGGUCUACCUGUGCAACAGGCCACUCUGGCUGAAAUUUCACCGGCACCAGACAGAGAUGAUCAUCACCAAACAAGGGAGGCGCAUGUUCCCUUUCCUAAGUUUUAAUAUUUCUGGUCUCGAUCCCACGGCUCAUUACAAUAUUUUUGUGGAUGUAAUUCUGGCCGAUCCCAACCACUGGAGAUUUCAAGGAGGCAAAUGGGUUCCUUGCGGCAAGGCGGACACCAAUGUACAAGGAAACCGAGUGUACAUGCACCCCGAUUCCCCCAACACAGGAGCCCACUGGAUGCGUCAGGAAAUCUCUUUUGGGAAAUUAAAACUUACAAACAAUAAAGGAGCAUCAAACAACAACGGGCAGAUGGUGGUCUUGCAGUCCUUGCACAAGUACCAGCCCCGUUUGCAUGUGGUGGAGGUGAACGAAGACGGGACGGAGGAUACUAACCAGCCGGGCAGAGUGCAGACUUUCACCUUCCCGGAGACUCAGUUCAUAGCCGUCACCGCCUAUCAGAACACCGAUAUUACACAACUGAAAAUAGAUCACAACCCUUUUGCAAAAGGCUUUCGAGACAAUUAUGACACGAUCUACACGGGCUGCGACAUGGACCGGCUCACGCCUUCCCCCAAUGACUCUCCCCGCUCGCAGAUCGUGCCCGGGGCCCGCUACGCCAUGGCGGGCUCCUUCCUGCAGGACCAGUUCGUGAGUAACUACGCCAAGUCCCGCUUCCACCCCGGCGCUGGCGCUGGCCCGGGACCAGGCAGCGACCGCAGCGUGCCGCACACCAACGGGCUGCUCUCUCCACAGCAAGCCGAGGACCCCGGGGCCCCGUCUCCGCAGCGCUGGUUUGUCACCCCGGCCAACAACCGCUUAGAUUUCGCGGCCUCCGCUUACGACACGGCCACUGACUUUGCUGGCAAUGCCGCCACCCUGCUGUCCUAUGCAGCGGCCGGGGUCAAGGCGCUGCCCCUGCAGGCGGCUGGUUGCACUGGGCGGCCGCUGGGCUACUACACUGACCCUUCGGGAUGGGGGGCGCGCAGCCCCCCGCAGUACUGCAGCAAAUCCAGCUCCAUGCUCUCCUGCUGGCCCAACAGUGCAGCCGCUGCCCGGAUGGCCACCAGCAACCCUUACCUAGGGGAGGAGGCGGAUAGCCUGGUCACCGAGAGAUCCCCCUUGCCGGGCGCUGAGGACUCCAAGCCCAAAGACUUGUCUGACUCCAGCUGGAUCGAGACCCCCUCGUCCAUUAAAUCCAUUGAUUCCACCGAUUCUGGGAUUUACGAGCAGGCCAAGAGGAGGCGGAUCUCGCCCUCUGACACCCCGGUGUCGGAGAGCUCCUCUCCCCUCAAGAGCGAAGUGCUGACCCAAAGGGACUGUGAAAAGAACUGCGCCAAGGACAUCGGCUACUAUGGCUUCUACUCCCACAGCUAGACUCUGCCCCGUCCCCGUGCUUCGCUCUGUAGUCGGUCUCACACCGCCACGAUCUCAAGUGAACACAACAGUCCUUUUGCACAACAACGUCUCAGCAGUUAGCGCACUGAUCCCAACUUGAGCUGUAUCUUUUUAUUUCCCCCGUGAAAGAGUUUUAGCUGUAAUCCUCGCUCCCUGUUUCCCUUUCUCAAGUGUAAAGAAACCCUAUAACCCCUUUAGGAGAUCUUGACAUUCUUUGGCACCCGGUGCUGGCGCUGAUAUAGAAAAGCAGCAAAUCUGCCGUUGAAUCUCCUUCUAAUUCUCCUAACCCCAUUGAUGAGCAGGAUGAUUGACUCUCAGAACCAUACAGCGCUUCCUUCCUUUUCCAUGGAUGGAUAGUUGGGGAUGUUAGUAAUUUUAGUGGAACAAAGCCUGUGAAACGCCUGUACAUAGUGUUUAAUUUAUUGUAACGAAUGCCUAUACUUUUUUGUUCCCAUUGUGAAGUCCCAAAACUAGAUCAUGUUUAACUUUCUCGAUUUCUCCUUUCCCAACCCCCAAAGUUCACUCUCUGUUCUAAAUACCUCUGGAAACACAAAAUGUCCCAUAGAAAUAGCACUGAAUAAUGGGUUUCACACUUCCUUGCAAUCCCUCGCAUGGAAUAAAUUACUCUGUGCCCUGGGCUGACACAGCUAAGGAGGAUCUGUGCUUGCCCCUCAAAAGAAUAGAAAUCUAUCUAGUUGGAAAGUCGAUUAAGUAGCGGGACGCCUUCAAACAGCGAAGUAACUGCAUGUGUAAUUUUUUUUUCUUAAAGAGGAGUAGCUCGACAGCAACAUUAUUUUUGCCCUAUUUGUUCCUCCGACCCCUCCAAGUGCCAAGUCCAUUACUGGCCUGUGCAGGUGCCAAAUAUGCUGACAAACAGUUCCCAAAUUUCUUUGCAGUUUCUCCCCCUUUAUUUAUAUUUCUGUAAAUCGUUGUAAUGAAUAACCUACAAACGAUAUAGACGACUGAAUUGUUGGUAAUCAUAGUGUAGUCCAGUGAAGAUGAGUUGUGAGUUGUAUAUUUUACUGCAUUUAGUUUUGGAAUUGACUUUUUCAUAAAGUAGAUAACUGAAUCUAACUUUCUGGGGGAUACAGUAAGUACUGCGAGUAAGAGUGAUCUAUCAUCCUCUACGUCUCGUUACGUUUGAGAAGGAGCAUUAAUAACCCCCAAGCUCUCCCCCGUGGAAGUAGAAUAGUAAGUCUUUGAAUUCUGAGUAGUAAAUCUAUACAAUUAAAGCAUUUUUAUAAGGAAAAAAAAUAUCAAGUGAAAUAUGCAUCAGGCAAAAUAGUCAGCCAAGAUUCCAGUCGACGGGGAAAUUUUUCCUAAUAGAAAUUCAGGGUCAUAAACGUGUGUAUAUUUUUGGCUCCUCUGUAAAUCUAAUGUUGUGAUUUUUAUAUUUGUUCUGUUAUGUGUGUGGAACUGAAUGAUUUAUACAAGUGCAAGCUCCAUUGAGAUGUUUUGUUUUUUGCCCGUUUGUAUUGUCUGUGUAUAACAAGUAAAAUAAACCUGGCAAAACG